AUGAGAUGGUUGGUCCGGAGGCACGGCUAUUAUUUUCCGACCAUGUUAAAGAACUGCAUAGAAUAUGCUAAAGGGUGUAUCAGGUGUCAAAUCUACGGCCCCAUACAAAGGGUACCAACUGAAGCCCUCCACCCAGUUACUAAACCAUGGCCGUUCAGAGGAUGGGCUGUGGGUAUCAUCGGCAAAAUCUACCCAGCCGCGUCCAACCAGAACGCCUGGAUUUUAGUGGCAACUGACUAUUUCACUAAAUGGGUCGAGGCGGAGUCCUAUCGGUCCAUUUCUAGCACACAGGUGGUCAGGUAUUUCGAAAAUCACAUCGUCCACAAAUUCGGUAUACCGAAACUAUCACGGCCGAUAACAGCCAAGUUUUCGCAUCAGCCGAGACUCGGGAGUACGCUGAAAGGAUGGGGAUCAAAUUGGUCCACCCGACACCCUACUACCCACAGUCUAACGGACAGGCCGAGGCAAGCAACAAGGUAA